UGCAGUUUAGAAGUUUGUUUACAUGCGUGUCGAGCAAAAUUUCACUAUCAUACUAUGCAUUUCCCUCAAUUUGACAUACAAAAGGAAAGAACUUUAUCUGGAAUAGAUUUAAGUAGGAAGGGCUCAGUGGAUAGCCCAGUUAGGGAGCUUGUAGCAUGUAUUAAUGAACAAAAGAAUUAUUUUACAACAAGUUCAUGUUCUGGGAGGAUUCUUUUAUUUCAAAAUCAUGGAAAUAAUGAGUGUCAUCCAGUGAAAAAGAAAGGUUGCCAUUGGUUGUUUACAUCACAUGACUGCAUUAAAACAAGUGAACUGGUUGCAAGUCUAGAUGGUAUUACAGGCAAAGCAGUUUUCAAAUUUGAGCCUUUCAUCUUACAUGUGCAGUGCAGAACUUUGGAAGAUGCUCAGAAGUUGCAUUCUGUUGCUAUUGCAUCUGGACUACGGAACUCCGGAAUCAGUAUCGGUGGCAAGGGAAAGGUUAUAGCAGCUAUAAGAAGCACACACAUGUUAGAAGUUCCACUGUCGUGUAAUGGAGAAAUACUUGUUAGUGAGAAGUAUCUCAACUUCUUGGUGGACUGUGCUAAUAACAAGAUGAAUGAAAAUAGUCACAGAAUAGACAGAUUUUUUCAGAAUUUCAUCAAGAUGACUCAGUCACCUGUGUCUAAUAAAGCAACAACACUGAACACAUCCAGCACGGGUGAUAAAUAUUCCAAGACAAGACAGAAACGUUUCAACAUGCAGUCGACAAACAGAGACUUUAAUACAGAUGUUGAUAUUUCUUCAAGUAACAAUGUUGACAAUGCUGAAGAAGAAGAAGAAACCGCUGUUUUGGUAGCACAGACGAGUCAACUGUCUGUCAAUGUUGUACAUAAUCACCUUGAGCAGUCGUCUUGUGACAGUGUAGACUCCAUUGAAGAUACUGUGUCACAGUGCUUUUUUCUGUCGGACAAUACAUAAACAGAUUUCUUUCCGUUAAUUUGAAGUUGAAACUUUGUAAUAAAUUCUAUAAAAAGGUUGUAUAAGAUAUGUUCUCUUUAUAAAGUGGGUAAAUCCAAAUUAAAGUAUAUACAGAUCUUA